AUGGAGGAAGAGCAAAACAUUGAUGAAGCACAGCUGGAUGUUUUAGACAUGCUGAUGAGACCCCCUCUUCCUGGGACCAUGCAAGAGGCCAUGGCCUACUGGGAGUACUUGGACUGCCAGACUGUGUCCUGUGAUGCCUGGCUGUGGAGGAGGAACCUGGGCAAACCAGGCCAAACCUUGAAGAAAGGCAAAGCUCUGAAAAAGGGCAUGGUCCUGAUGAAACCAGUCAAGAAAAAAGGUGCAGGAAACCCACAGCCCAAGCUGAGAAAAAGUUUCCCUGAAGUUGACCAGGAUGCUUUAGAUGAUGCCCUUGACAGCCACAUCAGGCAGAUUGGUGUGCAAGAAGCAUUGAACCUGCUGGACUACAGGCAUCUCCAGCCACAGCAGGCUGAGAUCCCCAGAGCCAUGUUCAAAUUGCACCCUCUCCUCAAAGCAUUGGUGCAAGUCAGCCCCAGUGCAGAAAUCAGGUACAGGAAUCUGAAACACAGUCUGACUGUGGCUGUCCACAAGUUUGGGGCUGAACUCUUGAACAAGUACUGGGAGGUGGAAGCAGCUUUGCUACCUGGGAGGGCUGCUGACAGCAUACUUGUCCUCCUUAAACACUGGAGGAGGGUGACAGCCAGUCCAGCAGGUUGGGAAAGGUUUGGCACCAAACUUGACACAGCACAGUUCCAAGUGCUCACUGGUCUAUACAAAAAAACUGGUAAAAAGGUUGGUGGGUCACCAGGCAAGAGGAAGCUGAAGAAAGAGGUGUCAGAUGUUACAAUGGCAUCUGAUGGCUUCCCUGCAAUGUUGGCCACUUCUUCUGCAUCAGAGGCAGAGGAUGGUUCUGAUGGUGAAGCUUCUGAAGCUUCUGAAGCUUCUGAAGCUUCUGCUGCACCCAGCAACUCUUUGCUUGGGUCUCCACCUCCUGUGACCAAAGCUAUGUGGAGGGAAAAGGCUGGCAAGCCUGUGAAGAAAAGGCCUGCUGGGAAAGGAAGUAAAGAGAAGGACGGUGCCAAGAAAAAACCAGCAGUAGGAAAAAAACCAGCAGCAGAAGUGAAAAAGAAGCCAGGUGACACAGGCUUGGGGCCAGAUACCCCAAUUGCCCAGGAGACCCUGAGCAUAGGUGGUGGCAAGAACCAGUCCUACAUACAACACAUGCCUUUUGGCCCAAACACUGUCAAGAAGCUUGUGGUCAGUGUGUCUUUGGCCCAAGCUGCCAAGCUCAAGGUUUCCCAUAAGCAGCUGGUGGAGGAGCUCUUGCCUGCUUGCAAGCAGGCUGGUGCCACCAAGGUGGCUAUGGGUAUGGUACCAGCCAAGCAGCUGCAUCCCAGCCUCCAAGCCCCAAAGGACCACCCAGGGAUCAGAGGAGUGGCCUUGGGAAAGGGCAAGCAAAAGGCCUUGGGAAAGGGCAUGCAAAAGGCCUUGAAAAAGGGCAAACAAAAGGCAGACCUGAGCCUGGAAGAAAAGAUGGAAACCUUCCAAAAAAAAACCAAUGGAAAUGUUCAGACUUUCCUUGACAGCCUCACCCCUGGCCAGAGAGAAGCCCUUUGGGGUCGCUUUAGCAGGGCAAGGGAUGCCUUGAAGGAUCCCAAAGCCACAGAGCUGUGGAACACCCACUGUAAGGGGAAGGGAAGUGAAGAGAAAAAAAAACAGUUGCUGGCUGUGUUUUUGAAGAACAGGGGUGAUCUGAAGAAGGCUGGCAUCUACCACAAAGAGUUGGUUGCCUUGACCGAAGUUUCAGGCAGCUUGGCUGGCAGAACCCAAAUUUCAAUGGGUGUUCUGAGUGCCAUCACUCCUGACCAACAAGAGUGGCAGUUCUGCCUGGAGACAGCAAUUGUCUACAGUGACAAGCAGUCCAAGCAUGAGAUGAACUUGGAGGCUGCCACCAAACUGGAAGCCAUCCAAUGGAUGGAAGCCAGAAAGGCUGGCACCAUGUUGAGCCCUGAGGAAGGGCUGGCAGCAAAUGCCUUGAAUGAUGUCCUCCCCACCAGUGCCAAAAAAAAGGCUAAAGAGCUUGCAGCUAUCAAAGACAAAGAGUCAGAUGAAGAAGGUGAUGCAGAAGAUGAGGAAGAAGAUAGCAAACAAAAGCUCAAUGCAGCUGCAAAGGAAGCUGACCUCCUGUCAGACAUGGGGGGGAGCAAAAGCAAAGAGCUCACAGCCAAGAGAAUCUUGAAGAUGCUCAAGCUGGUCAAGCAAAUCAAUGCUGGCCUUGCAAAGGGCAGCUCAGGGAGCAAGGCAGCAAAGCACCAGAAGGAACUGCAGAGUUGCCAAGUUGAGUUGCAAAAACUUAGCAAGCAGGGGCAGAAGGUCAAGCUGGAAGUUGCCAAGGACACUCUCUGUGAAGCAGCACUGGCUGUAAAGAGAGCAGAAAAGGCUGUGGAAAAGAAAUGA